UUCUUGGUACACGUUCUACAACUCCUAACAGCAAAAUGAGACGAGACAUUAUAAAAGGCGUUCUCAUAGACCUUAGUGGAACGCUCCAUAUUGACAAAAAGGAGAUUCCCGGUGCCGUAGACGCUAUUCGCAAGCUUCGAGAAAGUGGACUUCCCUUUCGCUUCGCAACCAAUACCACUAAAGAAUCUCCACAGCGAUUACGGAGCAAAUUGGAUGCACUUGGAUUCCAAGUGCAAGACCACGAAAUAUUCACAUCAUUGUCUGCCUGUCGCGAUCUCGUUGUAUCGAAAAACCUGAGACCCAUGUUACUUAUGGAGAACGCGGCUUUGGAGGCUUUCGAAGGUAUCGAUUGCUCUUCUCCAAAUGCCGUAGUUAUCGGACUUGCUCCCUCGAAAUUUGAUUAUGCUACUUUAAAUACUGCGUUCAGACUCAUCAUGGAUACCGGGGCUCCUUUGAUUGCAGUGCACAAGGCCAGAUAUUUUGCAGAUAAGGAUGAAGAGCUUUCAUUGGCUCUUGAAUAUGCCACUGGCACAACAGCCACUGUGGUAGGAAAGCCGACCAAGAGCUUCUUCGAACUCGCUGUAGCAGAACUCGGAAUGUCGAGCAUGCCACAAAAUGUAGCUAUGAUUGGUGACGACGUAUCGGCAGAUUUAGGAGAAGGUGCUAUAGAAAUGGGAUUCUAUAGAUAUCUCGUAAAAACAGGUAAAUACAAGGAAGGAGACGACGAUAAAUUGAACUCCUUUGAUAAGACGUCUGAAGGAAAGAGUAAAGUGUUUGAUAGUAUUGUAGAGGCUAUUGAUCAUGUUUUACAAUAAAAUGCUUGAUAUGUAUAAAUGCAACAAUAUGUUAUAUGCAAAAGC